AAACUGAGUAGGUUUUUGAGUGUUUUCUCAAUUCCAAAUAUAAAUUAGUGGUAUUUGAAAUUUUCAUGGCCAAAUACAGAUUUUCAAAUAAAAAUGAAAAAAGAAUUUCUCAGACCAAACGAAUCCUAAGUAUUUUUUAAUUGGAGUGACUUCUUGGUAUUUGUCCUGAUUUUAACGAGAACAUGAAUUCUCCAUGGUUGGCUAAUUCUUGUUGUUGUAGGAAAAUAUUGUAGGCUCUAUAAUAGAGCCUUCUUUUUCUAACUUGUUAGCAUACACAAUGUAGUUCUAGCCCCCAGGGGAUUUGAGAUUUUUGUUUCGGAGGAGAACUUGUAAGAGACAAAUGUUGUGAUAUUACUUAUGUGAACCUCUUUUUAUUUUGAGUGAAUUGUGUGAGGUUGUCUUUUUUGACAGUUGUACUCUAAUUUUUUAUAUAGUGAAUUGCUCAUCACCUCUUGUAGAUGUAGGUUGAUUGACCGAAUCACGUUAAAUUAUUGUCUCUUCUAAUAUAUUUCUCACCUAUCUUCUUAUACGACGUCUGUCGAGAUUUGCUUUGCUAACAUGUCUUUGUAGGAUAAGGUUCAAGUGAAUUUACCAUAGCAUGCCGAAUUGCCUACCCCUAGAAGUGAGCUAAUGAUCCCUACGUGUUCCCAUCAACUUGGAUAUCCAUCACAUUUUAAAUCUUCAGACAAAUAAUUAUUGUACUUCCCAUUUAAUGUAGCAUAAAGCUUUUCUGAUAAAAGUACUUUAUUUGCAAACAUUAUCAUACAAUAAUAGAUUCUUGCUUUUUCUUUCCCUUUCUGAUAUUUUCAAGAUCAGUAGGUAGAAAGAAGUUGAAGAUGACUUAGAUUUUCCAGGGGCUAUUAUAUUAAUGGAGGAAAGGCAGAAAAAUGGGAAUUUGGUGUUUGCAGUUAAUGGGGAGAGGUUUGAGUUGCCAUGUGUUGAUCCUUCUACAACUUUGCUUCAGUUCUUGCGAUCUGAGACGUGUUUCAAGAGCCCUAAGCUUGGUUGCGGUGAAGGUGGUUGUGGGGCUUGUGUUGUUCUUAUCUCAAAGUAUGAUUGGAAGCUUAAAAAGGUCGAAGAUUUUAGCGUGAGUUCAUGCCUUACACUUCUUUGUAGUUUAAAUGGUUGUUCAAUUACUACAAGUGAAGGCCUUGGGAACACCAGAGACGGUUUUCAUUCUAUUCAUGAAAGGUUUUCUGGUUUCUACGCUUCUCAAUGCGGCUUUUGCACUCCUGGAAUGUGUAUGUCAUUUUUCUCAGCUCUCGUCAAUGCUGAUAAAGGAAACAAACCCGAUCCUCCAGCAGGAUUCUCUAAGCUUACUUCAUCUGAAGUUGAAAGUGCCAUAGCGGGGAACCUUUGUCGGUGCACUGGAUAUCGGCCCAUUGCUGAUGCCUGCAAGUCUUUUGCUGCUGAUGUUGAUAUAGAGGAUUUGGGGUUUAAUUCUUUUUGGAAAAAGGGAGAUUCCAAGGAAAUGAAAGUAAGUAAAUUACCUCCCUAUGAUCCAACCAAGACUUUUAGUACAUAUCCUGAGUUCAUGAAAUGUGAAUCCACCACGAAUAUGGACUCCUCGAGGUACCCUUGGUACAGUCCUGUUUCUAUUGAGGAGCUAUGGGGCUUGUUGAACUCCAAUGUAAUGGUAAAUGGUGCAAGCUAUAAACUUGUCGUUGGUAAUACCGGCACAGGUUAUUAUAAGGAAACUCAGCGAUAUGAUUAUUACGUUGAUCUCAGGCAUGUUCCUGAACUCUCAGCCAUAAAAAGAGAUCAGGCAGGUAUUGAAGUUGGAGCAACUGUGACUAUCUCUAAAUUCAUUUCAUUCUUGAAAGAGGAAAGCAAAAUCAAUUUUGGUUCAUAUGGGAAGUUAGUGUCCGAAAAACUGGCUUACCACAUGGAGAAAAUUGCGUCGCCAUUUGUUAGAAACUCUGCUAGUGUGGGAGGAAAUUUGGUUAUGGCACAGAAGAAUGGUUUUCCUUCGGAUAUCGCUACAUUACUUCUCGGGCUUUGUGCUACUGUUAGCUUGAUGACCAGUCAUGGACUUAAAAAGCUCACAUGGGAGGAGUUAUUAUCGAAACCACCGCUAGACUCAAGGACUGUGCUUCUGAAUGUUUGCAUCCCAUUUAAGAAAGAUCAAAGUUCUCCCCAAACUCAUUCUAGAUUUUUGUUUGAAACUUAUCGAGCUGCUCCACGACCUCAUGGGAAUGCAUUGGCAUAUGUAAAUGCUGCUUUCCAGGCUGAUGUUUCUCACUGCAAGAAUGGUGUCCUGAUAAGCAAUAUCCAUUUGGCGUUUGGUGCUUAUGGCACAAAACAUGCAACAAAGGCUAAAAUGGUAGAAGAAUUUCUAGCCGGGAAAAUGUUAACUGUACAUGUUUUGUAUGAAGCACUUAAACUAGUCAAACUGGCGGUGGUACCGGAAGAUGGCACUUUACACCCUGAGUACAGAUCAAGCUUGGUUGUCAGUUAUGUUUUUGAGUUUCUUUAUCCAUUAACUGGUGUUCAUUCUUCUAUUUCUGGUGGCUUACUUGAUGGAAUUAAUGACAUCUGUGUUGAGGAAGUUACGGAAAGCAGUAAUGAUGGUUGCAUUAGUCAGGGGAGAAAGCAAACACUACUAUCUUCUGCUAAGCAGGUUGUGGAAUUUAGUACCGAGUACCAUCCAGUAGGUGAACCGAUGAAGAAGGUUGGAGCUGCCAUGCAAGCUGCUGGUGAAGCUAUUUAUGUAGAUGACAUCCCUUCACCACCAAACUGCUUGCAUGGAUCAUUUAUCUACAGUACAAAACCAUUAGCAGGUGUCAAGGGAAUCCAGCUCGAUCCUAAUCAAUUAACAGAAGGAGUAACCACCAUAAUUACUUAUAAAGAUAUUCCAACAGGAGGGUCAAAUGCAGGAGCUAUUACACCGUUUGGCUCCGAGCCCUUAUUUGCAGAUUAUCUUGUCCGAUGCGCUGGCGACAGAAUUGCAGUUGUGGUUGCUGACAGUCAGAGGUCUGCUGAUGUGGUUGCAAGAACAGCCCUCGUUGAAUAUGACACUGCAAAUAUAGAUUUGCCCAUUUUAACCGUUGAGGAAGCUGUUGAGAAAUCUAGCUUUAUCCAAAUCCCACCAUCUUUUUAUCCAAAACAGGUUGGUGAUUUCUCAAAAGGAAUGGCUGAAGCUGAUCACAAAAUUCUCGCUGCUGAGAUAAGAUUUGGUUCCGCGUACCAUUUUUAUAUGGAACCACAGACAGCCCUUGCAAUUCCAGAUGAGGACAAUUGCAUGGUUGUUUAUACUUCAAGCCAGAGCCCUGAGAACGCGCAUCGUGCGAUUGCCAGUUGUCUUGGUGUUCCCGAGCACAACAUCCGUGUAAUUACAAGAAGGGUUGGAGGUGGCUUUGGGGGCAAGUUUGUCAAAGCAAUGCCUGUGUCAACGGCAUGUGCACUAGCAGCGUACAAGUUAAGACGACCUGUCAGGAUAUAUGUCAACCGGAACAGUGAUAUGAUAAUAGCUGGAGGCCGACACCCGAUGAAAGUAACGUACAGUGUAGGAUUCAAGUUGAGCGGAAAGAUCACAGCAUUACAUCUUGACAUAUUGAUAAAUGCUGGGAACACACAAGAUAUGAGCCCCAUCAUACCCUCAUAUUUGAUUAAUUCACUAAAAAAAUAUUAUUGGGGUGCCUUAUCUUUUGAUGUAAAACUAUGCAAGACAAAUCUCACCAGCAAAUCGAUCAUGCGGGGCCCUGGGGAGGUGCAAGGAUCUUACAUUGCCGAAGCUAUAAUAGAGCACGUAGCAAGUUUACUGUCGGUGGAGGUGGACUCGGUCAGAAAUAAAAAUGUCCAUACAUUUGAAAGCCUCAACUUAUUCUAUGAUAACAUUGUAGCAGAAGUACGAGAAUAUACAUUGCCUAGUAUCAUGGAUAAGUUGGCCGUGUCCUCGAGCUUUUUCCAACGAAGCAAGAUGAUAGAACAGUUCAACCAGAAAAACACAUGGAAGAAAAGGGGUAUUUCUAGAGUUCCAAUUGUGUACAAUGCUACGCAACAGCCGACCCCAGGAAAAGUCAGUAUUCUGCAAGACGGCUCAAUUGUUGUAGAGGUUGGAGGGGUUGAAAUUGGCCAAGGGUUAUGGACAAAGGUUAGACAGAUGACUGCCUACACACUCAGUUUAAUUGAAAGUAGUUGGGCGGAAGACCUUGUGGAGAAAGUACGAGUCAUACAAGCAGACACCUUAAGCGUAGUGCAAGGCGGGUUAACGGCUGGAAGCACUACAUCGGAAUCUAGUUGUGCAGCUGUUAGACUUUGCUGUAAUGUCUUGGUUGAAAGACUGACCCCUCUGAAGAAACAGUUGAAGGAAAAAAAUGGCUCUGUUGAUUGGCCAAUGCUAAUUCGCCAGGCACAAAUUCUAUCAAUAAACUUAGCAGCAAAUUCUAAUUAUGUGCCAGAAUCCAGCUCCUCGAGGUACUUGACCUUCGGCGCUGCUGUCAGUGAGGUAACUUAUUGGCUACAAUGAAUAACAACGUCCCUAGUGCUAUCUUGGCCGGGGAUGAAACUCAAUUGAUUUGAAUAAGAUUGAAGGAAAAUCUCAAGAUGGUGAGAAAACCGAGGUGCGAAAUGAAGAUGUUGGCCAAGACUUGAACUUGUUAUGUUCUCGGUUUCUUUUAAUUUUGUGGACUCUUUUGGGAGCCAUUUUUAUUUGAUUUGUGCCUUGAAUUUGAGGUCAAAUUCCUCUCAAGAUGGAGAGGAUGAUACAAGCACGAUCAUAAAGAUGGACGCUUUUGAGUAUUUUUAAUGCAACCUAUGGAGUGUAAGAGUUGAAGUGUGAAAAGGGCUCCAAAGUCGCCCCUCUAUUGCACUCCAUGGGCUCCAUUUUGUUCAUUUAACACUAAGGGGCACUUUUGUCAUUUUGUCACUUAUUGUAAUAAAUCUAUAAAUAGAACAUAUUAGGGUUUUAGCUCAUUAGUUAUUGAAUAUUGAUGAAAGAACACUUCUCUUGAGAGAGAGCCUCCCUAGGUCAAAACUAGGACAUGAGCAAGUGUGGAGUCACUUGUGAAUGUGUAUUGCUUGGAAACGACGGUCCUUGAGCAGUGGAAUCCCUCUCGGGUCUUCGUAAGAGUGUAGUGUUGCUAUUAUAAGUCUUAGGGGUACUUAGAUUUAAUAUAUCUUUGGGUUCUUGGGUCUUAUUGUAGUUAUGUCUCACUAUCUAUCUCUACAUUUCAUGUCUUAGUUAGUGUGAUCUAGGAAAACCGUUAGUUCUUGUUGUUCUUGUAAUCGUUGGAUUGUUGUUAUCAUAUUGUGGUUCUUCUUAUUAUAAUGUUGUUUAUCCCUUGUUGUUGUUAGUC